CUAUAAAGAAUUCCAUUUAAAACUACUAAAAAGGAACUUUCUUUUUAAUGUUUUGAAAUAUUUUAACAAAAAAGUACAAAUCCCAUUAAUCCAAUUAAUACCCUUUUUUGUAUCGAAUUUUACCGGUUUUUUUCUUUUAAUUUGAAAACUGGGUCACGAGUUUUCUCAAUUUGACUCGUUUUAGAACCCAGAUUUGAAUUGGGUAUCUCGUGAUCUGUUAAAUUCAGGUCUGAUAUUGCUCACCUGAAUCUCUCUAUCUGCUCUAUAGAGAGGUGUCAACUUAGAAUGUGUUGAGCAAGCAACUUACAGCUCACAUGCUACAUUGCUGCUCAUAUAAAGUCAGUUGAUUACAAAUAGAAUGGGAAACUUUCCUCAAAGUACGGCUCGCAGAAAACCAAAUGAGUCAAUGAGGCUUAUUGUGACAACUUUUCUUGGAGUAGCUUUGGGCUUCUUGAUAGGGGUAUCUUUUCCAUCAUUGUCACUUUCUAGGCUCAAUAUUUCAUCCAGUCUCCUUCCCGCUGUUGAUAUCUCAUACAUUAAUCAGAAAACAGAUUGUUGGACUUCAAAGAAGAGUAACUACACUAAUCAAGAGCAAAAAUCAAAUGAUACAUCAAAGAUUUGGGUCCCUAUGAAUCCACGUGGUGCAGAAAGACUUCCUCCAGGAAUUGUUGAAGCUGAGUCCGAUUAUUAUUUGCGGAGGUUGUGGGGAAAUCCUAGUGAGGACCUGACCAGCGCACCGAAAUAUCUUGUAACAUUCACUGUUGGUUAUGAUCAAAGAAAAAAUAUUGAUGCAAAUGUUAAAAAGUUUUCAGGUGACUUCACCAUCCUUCUAUUCCAUUAUGAUGGACGAGUGAGUGAAUGGGAUGAAUUUGAGUGGUCCAAGCGGGCUAUUCAUGUGAGUGUUAGAAAGCAGACCAAAUGGUGGUAUGCCAAGCGUUUUCUGCAUCCUGAUAUUGUUGCACCAUAUGACUACAUUUUUAUAUGGGAUGAAGAUCUUGGAGUUGAGCAUUUUAAUGCUGAUGAAUAUGUAAGAAUUGUGAAGAAGCACGGCCUGGAGAUUUCACAGCCUGGUUUGGACCCUAACAAAGGGUUAACUUGGCAGAUGACAAAGAGAAGAGGUGAUCGUGAAGUUCACAAAAUUACGAAAGAGAAACCAGGCUGGUGCAGUGAUCCACUUCUACCACCCUGUGCAGCGUUUAUCGAGAUCAUGGCUCCUGUGUUUUCACGAGAUGCAUGGCGCUGUGUGUGGCAUAUGAUUCAGAAUGACUUGGUUCAUGGAUGGGGUCUUGACUUUGCUCUUAGAAAAUGUGUAGAGCCGGCCCAUGAGAAGAUAGGAGUUGUAGAUUCUCAAUGGAUAAUUCAUCAAACUGUUCCCUCGCUCGGGAACCAGGGUGAAUCAAAUAAUGGAAAGGCUCCAUGGCAAGGGGUGAGGGAGAGGUGUAGGAAGGAGUGGACAAUUUUCCAAAACCGAAUGACGUAUGCGGAAAAUGCGUAUUUUAAGGCAUUGACGAAUGAUUCGUCAAAUUCGACAGCUCAUUAGAGGAAGCAGCAACGGCAGAAGCUGAUGUACACUACCAUCCUUACAGGCUACAGCACAGCUUAAGGGUUCACACAUAUAUCUUGUAGAAUUUCUGUUACUGUUAAUUACUCAUUAGUAGUUAUUAAUCACUAAUGAUGAUAAUUUUUCCACCUAUGAAUCUUGAUGCAUUUUAAAUCCCAUUGUAGAGUUGUCAAUAGGGAAGAGAUUAAAUAAUCCUUUUUUGUAAAAUGAAUUUUUGUGUUUUUUGUUUCUUCA